GCUUCACUGUUUCUCACCUUUUAACCCCCUCUCCCGGCGUUUCGAUGUUUCGACAGCCGUACCUCCGCCGUCUCCUUCUCCCCUCACCCCCCUACUCCACCUGCAAGCGUAAAAAACUACCCUCUCUCCCUCCCUUACAACCCCCCAUUCCCAAAAAGAUCCCUUUCACCGGUUCCGCUCAUGGCCGAACCUGGGACGACCCCUACCACUGGAUGUCAAAUACUUCCGAUCCCGACCUUGCCGAACACCUACUACGUGAAAACUCCUACGCAGAAGCUUUCAUGAUCGACACGGACGGUCUUCGGAAAAGGCUGAAAGAGGAAAUGUGGGCACGGAUGCCGCCGAGGAUUUCAGCUGCUCCCGAGACUUGGGGGAAUUGCAGGUCAUAUUAUCAAUACAUACCGGAGGGAAAGGAGUAUCCACUCUUGUGUAGGAAGCCCAUAAAUCAAAAUGGAUUUACAAAGAAACUUUGUGAUUGGUUAAGGGGUUUUGGAGAGGAGGUUUUACUUGAUUGGAAUGAAAUCGCGGAACAGUUUGGAUAUGUUCACAUAGGCACUUGUAGAGUCUCUCCAGACCACAGGUUCGUUGCAUAUACUUUGGACACCUUUGGGAGUGAAAUGUUUACGCUUCAUGUCAAAGACCUUCAAACUGGACAAAUCACUUCAGAUCCAAAAAGGAAGGGAGUUGUUAGCUUGGCUUGGGCUGGUGACAGCAGUUGUUUGUUAUAUACAGUUUGCAAUGAAAAACAGCGACCUUACAGAGUCUUCUCUACAAACUUAGUGUCAGAUAUGGUAGAUGAUCUGCUUUUUACCGAGAAUGAUUUAACUUGCUGCGUUGACAUUGCAAGCACAAAAGAUGGAAAAUAUAUCACAAUAAAUUCGAAUUCAAAGUCAUCAUCUGAGGUAUAUGUGAUUGAUGCAAUGAACUUAAAAGAUGGAAUUUGGCCUGUUCGAAUGCGCAUUCCUUUUGUGCAAUACUUCCUGGAACACCAUCAUGGUUACUUUUAUAUCCUUACAAAUGCUCCUUCAGAAGAAAUGGCAUCAGCUGCAAGUGGCUAUUAUUUAGCUAGAUGUCAAGCUGUCAAGUCAUUGCUGAUCAAUUGGCAGGUUAUCAUUGAGCCAGAUCAAGAUAUGUUAUUUCAAGACUUCGAUAUAUCUAAUGAAUAUUUGGUGCUUUCUGUCAUGACGGAGGGGCUUCCAUUGUUUUGUUCCAUAGAGAUGUAUAAGGUGGUAAAUCACAAGGGCAAGCCAAUGAAAUUUGAUGACCUCAAGCCAUGGUUUUUCCCACUGCCCUCUAGCUCAUACAGUAUUGUGCCAGGCUCAAAUCUUGAUUUCAUGUCUUCGGUUUACCGUCUAGUGAUUUCAUCUCCAGUGAUCCCUGAUCUUGUGGUUGACUAUGAUAUGAAAAGGCGUGACUUCACUGUAUUGCAUCAAGAGGAGGUAUUGGGGUUGAUUAAGCAUAAAAAUUCUUCUUCGGAAUUACAUCAUAUUUCUGGCAAUCAAACUCUUAAUAAGCAGCAUUUGUACAUGGUAAAAGACAUGCCGAAGUGGGAUGAUCUUUCUGAGGAUUUCUCUUGUGAAAAGAGGGAUGUCAUUUCACAUGAUGGCGUGAGAGUCCCACUAACAAUAGUCUACUCUAGGAGAGCAGAGCAUAUUGGUCAAUCUCCUGGUAUUUUACAUGGAUAUGGAGCUUAUGGAGAAGUACUGGACAAAAGUUUUUCUUCUGACGACAUAACCCUACUUUCUCGUGGUUGGGUUAUUGCGUAUGCUGAUGUCAGGGGCGGAGGGGAUUUGGGUUGGCAUAAGUCUGGAGCCAGACAUUGUAAACUAAAUUCUGUUUAUGAUUUUGCUGCGUGUGCAAUGUUUCUUAUAAAUGAAGGCUAUGUUCAUAAAAAUCAGCUUGGUGCAAUUGGCUGUAGUGCUGGUGGCCUUCUUGUUGGUGCAACCAUCAAUAUGUUUCCUGAUUUGUUCUCUGCUGCAAUAUUAAAGGUUCCAUUUCUUGAUAUUUGCAAUACACUGUUGGACCCCAGUCUACCGCUCGCUAAUUUGGACUAUGAGGAAUUUGGUGAUCCCAGAAUCCUAGCUGACUUCGAGAUAAUUCGAAGAUAUUCUCCCUAUGAUAAUAUAUGCUUAGAUGCUUGCUAUCCUUCCUUGCUGGUAACAACAUCAUUUCAUGACUCAAGGGUAGGAGUCUGGGAAGCUGUUAAAUGGGUAGCAAGAGUGAGAGAGAAAACAUGUUGCACUUGUUCUCGGUCGGUAAUUCUGAAGACAAACAUGAUUGGAGGGCAUUUUGGUGAGGGUGGCCGUUACAGUCAUUGUGAGGAAACUGCUUUUGAGUACGCAUUUUUUAUCAAAGUCAUGGGAUUACUUGAUAAUGAGAAGAAAUCCGAUUAUUUAUAGAAUUUAACUGUCAUGAUCUGACUGUAGAUGAUUAUUAAAAGAGAGUAAAGUUUCACUUUCCAAUUGUCAAAGAUGACAAGUAAUGAGUAAAUAUAAGCCAGUGAUCCAAUCUGGAAGUUGUUUUUCAUUCUUUACUGCAGACAUCCUUCAUUGUAAACUUUUGAUUUCAACUGCAACAACAUUUAUAAGAUUGUAUUCUUUUGUCAGCUG